AUGACCUCCCACGUACAGUCUCUCUACCCAUCAGGUCCAGAAAGCCUUGUCUUAACAUAGCUCCUGAGAGAGUAAAUCUCUGUCGUCACUUUUAUAUCUGGAAUCUGAUCCAAACACACAGCGGCUCUCCAGAAAUACAGCAGCAGCCACCUUCACUGCUGACCUCGACGUAUCACUUUCUGUUUAACGUCCCGCCUCGGGAGUCUUGAGACAGCCAGAUGGAUGGGUUGAGUGUGCAGACUCCGGUUUCAAGGAGUCCUCAGGUUUGAACGCGGUUGCUAAGGACUCCUGACUCCAUAGCAACAGCAGGAGAUUAGUGUGACACCAUCAACAGGCAGCAAGCCUCCAACCUGCUGCUGCUGCAAGUUAAGAUGGUGUCUGGAAAACAAGGGAUUCAGUCCAGAUUUGAUCCAUCAAACAGAAUCUUGGAGCUGGCGCAGCACAAAACCUCAAAAACUGUUUGGGCCACAACUCCAUGUGAGAAGCUGAGCUGGGGCAACCAGGAGCCAAUAUGGCCCCUCUCUACUUCUGCGCUCGGAGCCUUUCCGAGCACAAGAAUCCAAUACCUAGCCAGGCACAAAAGAGACACCUCAGCAAGGGAGGACCACCGGAGGAAGGAGAAGGAGGAGGAGGCGAGCUUCUCCAGGAAGACCCGACGUCCUUCCUCCAAGGCAUCCCAGUACAAGCACAUUGUCCGCUUGUCAACACCCAAAACCAGGAGCUGCAGCUCCCAGGAAGCAUGGCCUCCUCACACACCUCAGUGUGAGAAGAACUGUCCUAUUUGGCACGUCGAUCCCAGCGUGAAAACUGCUGUGAUCACACCGCGACUGCUGCAACUCUCCAACCCCAAACUGAACCAUCCACACUUCCUGGGCAACAGAGAGAGUGUUGCGUCCAUCGUUUCCUUGGCUUCCAAGACGGCUCAAAUCUCUCAACGACUGGUCCAGCUGUCGCUGCCCAGACUGAAGCAGAGCAACAUCUGCCACAAGCUCGGACGCCCAGUGGAAUCAAUCUGGACUGUAAGUGUGUCAAAGGCAGCGAGGAGAGCCACAGCGAGUGCUCGUGUUGAAAUGCUGGCGACACCAAAACAGCUUUCCACGGACUACAUUCCUCCACGAGAACCAGAGUGGAGCCGAAACAACGUCCUGUCCACCUGAGCCUCCUUCAACAUCCCAACCAAGUCAGCGCUCAUCUAGUUUGCACUCUUUGUAAAGAAAAUUCGACAUCAAUUUUCCAAAGAAUAAAGAUAGUAAUGAUAAUUAUUGUGCACAUUUAACAAAGAUCCUCCUUUUCAAUGUGUGCAGUGUGUGUUUGCAGAAAAAAUACUAGAGUAGUUUGAGUUUAUUUUAAUUUAAUUUUUAUUAUAAUUUGCAGGAAUGCAAUAAAACACCAUAAACCACAAAAAUAGGAGAAGCCCUAUCUAUAUCCGACUGCAAACUCCAAACAAAUGAAAGAAAACUCAAGAUGAGCAAGGACAGCAGGAUUUAGUGACAGGAUCUAAAUGUCAGCAUGAAAAAGGAACUAAAACAAAUUAAUAUAAACUGUAAAAAUGCCAUAUUUAAAUGACAACAUUUUUAGAAUUGGGUACUUGUGAACCUACCCGAUUCUAAGUGCUGUUUGUAAUGUAUUUCAUGAUGACCCUGAUGAAACACCUCAGUCUUACAAUAAAGUUGGGAAACACUUUACUUGAAGGUAUCUACAUAAGAGUGACAUGACACUGUCAUGAACACAUGAUACUGUCACGACACAUGACACUCUCAUGAACACAUGACACAUGAACCCUAACUCUAACCCUAACCCUCAUUGGCUAUUGGCUAAUCAAAUAUGUUCCCAUAAUACAGAAUAAUGUGUUUGUAUUCAUUGCUACAGUAUUGUCUCAGUAUGUGUUGAUGUGUCUAUGUAGUAUUAGAUAUGUUUUUACCUAUCUAAGCACAUGUUGUUCUUAUCUUAUGUGUACUUGUUGGUAUUGUAUUGUAUUUAUUGUUUUUUUAAGUCAUCAACCUGCUAGGGACUGCAGAUGAAAAUU